CUCUCUCUCCUACCGCAACUACUAGGGAAGAGGCCGGGAGCGGGUGUUGCUUCGGGGACGCCAGAGUAAAGCACGGGGAGGUGGUCCUCUCCAUGCCCAGCUGCUGCCUCUCCUUGGUCUGUCGGAAUGGUCUCGUUCAGCGUCACGACGCCGGCAACCCAGGAGACACUCAUUGCUGCGAGUUUGACGGCCUGAUGUACCAGGACGGUUCUAAACUGCUCGCUCAAUGCAUCCCCCUUACUUGUGUGAAGGGUGUCUGGACCCCGACUCCAACUAUUGAAGAUUGCUGUAGGAAUUGCUACAUUUACAAUGAUCCCCAUAUAAAGACCUUCGACGGACACCGCUUCGACUGGCACGGCGUCUGCAACUACUCUGUAGCCCAGAGUGACCUGACCUACACGCCUGAAGUUGGGGUCUUUAGUGACUUUGAUCAGUGUAAUGGGCACGCGUCCUGCCUCUCCCGCACCACCUUCAGGGACAAUCCUCACACUGUUAUCACUCUGGACUCUGGAUCAGUGUUUGAUAUAACGGUGAACGGGGACCUGUACACUGUACCGGCCAGCGGAGCUCACGCAGUAGUGUCUUCUGCUGGUGCACACCCAGUACUGGCCUGGAGGGACGGAGGCUGCAUCUACCUGCUCGGCUCCUCCAAGAUCGCGCUGCAACACUGUAGUCAGCGGCUGGACGUGUGGGCGUAUCCCAGCCACACCAACCAUCUGGACGGUCUGUGUGGUCACUACAACUUCUACACGGACGAUGACUUCACCAGCAGGAACAACGUCGUCCACACUCUCCAGUCCUGGCCUCUGGCGUUCCCAGAGUCGUGGAGGACGAAAGAUCAAACGGAUCGUAGGUGUUUCCAGUGUGUGGGCUGUGAAAAAGAAACUGCACUGAACCCCUGCAAGUCUCCUUUGCUACAGGACGUGGUCUUGUGCCGCAGGUUGCUCCAUCCAAUCAUCGGCAGGGACAAAGACCUGCAGUCUCACGCGGAGACGUGUGCGUGGGACGUGUGCAUGAUGCGGGGAGCAGGAGCCACGGAGAGGGAGCUGGCAGACUGGCUGCUCCAGCUCCAGAUUAUCCUCCAGCAGACUAAACUCAUUCUCGCCAGGACACUGGAUUCCUGGGUUCCCAGCCCCGUUCCUCCGGCGACUACCGGCUCCUGCGUGCCAGGGUCACGCUGGCAGGAGGACUGCAACACCUGCAGCUGCGUCACCGCUUCAUAUUCCAAUGCAGUUGUGUGCACACUAAUAAACUGUGGAGAAGGUUACGUACCGGAGGUUGGGGUGGACUCGUGCACGGACGGGUCCAUGUGGAUGGUAGACAAGUGUAACUGGUGUGAGUGUGUCCGUGGCGGCUCCAUCUGUACCUUCACACCCUGUGACACCGCCACCUACACCCCGCGCGUGACUAAGCUCUUCUCCACUACACCCACCAGUACAGUGCACACUACACCCGCCUACACUGCGCCAUCCUAUACUAAGCCCACCUACACUGCGCCAUCCUAUACUAAGCCUACCUACACUGCGCCAACUUAUACUACACCCACCUACAAGGCGCCAACUUAUACCAAGCCUACCUACACUGUGCCAACUUAUACUACACCCACCUACACUGUGCCAACUUAUACUACACCCACCUACACUGUGCCAACUUAUACUACACCCACCUACACUGUGCCAACUUAUACUACACCCACCUACACUGUGCCAACUUAUACUACACCCACCUACACUGUGCCAACUUAUACUACACCCACCUACACUGUGCCAACUUAUACUACACCCACCUACAAGGCGCCAACUUAUACCAAGCCCACCUACACGGAGCCAACUUAUACCAAGCCCACCUACACUGUGCCAACUUAUACUACACCCACCUACAAGGCGCCAACUUAUACCAAGCCCACCUACACGGAGCCAACUUAUACCAAGCCCACCUACACUGUUCCAACUUAUACUACACCCACCUACAAGGCGCCAACUUAUACUACACCCACCUACAAGGCGCCAACUUAUACCAAGCCUACCUACACGGAGCCAACUUAUACCAAGCCCACCUACACUGUGCCAACUUAUACCAAUCCCACCUACACGGAGCCAACUUAUACCAAGCCUAACUACACGGAGCCAACUUAUACCAAUCCCACCUACACGGAGCCAACUUAUACCAAGCCCACCUACACGGAGCCAACUUAUACCAAGCCCACCUACACGGAGCCAACUUAUACCAAGCCCACCUACACUGUGCCAACUUAUACUACACCCACCUACAAGGCGCCAACUUAUACUACACCCACCUACACGGAGCCAACUUAUACCAAGCCCACCUACACUGUGCCAACUUAUACUACACCCACCUACAAGGCGCCAACUUAUACUACACCCACCUACACGGAGCCAACUUAUACCAAUCCCACCUACACGGAGCCAACUUAUACCAAUCCCACCUACACGGAGCCAACUUAUACCAAUCCCACCUACACGGAGCCAACUUAUACCAAUCCCACCUACACGGAGCCAACUCAUACCAAGCCCACCUACACGGAGCCAACUUAUACUACACCCACCUACAAGGCGCCAACUUAUACUACACCCACCUACAAGGCGCCAACUUAUACCAAGCCUACCUACACGGAGCCAACUUAUACCAAUCCCACCUACACGGAGCCAACUUAUACCAAGCCUACCUACACGGAGCCAACUUAUACCAAUCCCACCUACACGGAGCCAACUUAUACCAAUCCCACCUACACGGAGCCAACUUAUACCAAUCCCACCUACACGGAGCCAACUUAUACUACACCCACCUACAAGGCGCCAACUUAUACCAAGCCUACCUACACGGAGCCAACUUAUACUACACCCACCUACACUGUGUCAAUUUAUACUACACCCACCUACAAGGCGCCAACUUAUACUACACCCACCUACAAGGCGCCAACUUAUACCAAGCCUACCUACACGGAGCCAACUUAUACCAAUCCCACCUACACGGAGCCAACUUAUACCAAGCCUACCUACACGGAGUCAACUUAUACCAAUCCCACCUACACGGAGCCAACUUAUACCACGCCCACCUACACGGCGCCAAUUUAUACUGUACCCACGUACACGGAGCUUUCCUAUACUGUACCCACGUACACGGAGCUUUCCUAUACUGUACCCACGUACACGGAGCUUUCCUAUACUGUACCCACGUACACGGAGCUUUCCUAUACUGUACCCACCUACACGGAGCUUUCCUAUACUGUACCCACGUACACGGAGCUUUCCUAUACUGUACCCACGUACACGGAGCUUUCCUAUACUGUACCCACCUACGUUACACACAGUUCUACACUCUACCAUCUUCAGCACACUACUACUCCCAUGUACACUACGGCCGUCAGCACUCACACCACCUCACACUUCCGUGUAAGUGGGCGUAGUAUAAGUGGGCGUAGUGUAUUUAGGUGUAGUAUAAGUGGGCGUAGUGUAGGUGGGCGUAGUAUAAGUGGGCGUAGUAUAAGUGGGCGUAGUGUAUUUAGGUGUAGUAUAAGUGGGCGUAGUAUAAGUGGGCGUAGUAUAAGUGGGCGUAGUAUAAGUGGGCGUAGUGUAGGUGGGCGUAGUGUAGGUGGGCGUAGUAUAUUUAGGUGUAGUACAAGUGGGCGUAGUGUAGGUGGGCGUAGUAUAAGUGGGCGUAGUGUAGGUGGGCGUAGUGUAAGUGGGCGUAGUGUAUUUAGGUGUAGUAUAAGUGGGCGUAGUGUAGGUGGGCGUAGUAUAAGUGGGCGUAGUGUAGGUGGGCGUAGUAUAUUUAGGCGUAGUGUAAGUGGGCGUAGUGUAGGUGGGCGUAGUAUAUUUAGGCGUAGUAUAAGUGGGCGUAGUGUAGGUGGGCGUAGUAUAUUUAGGUGUAGUGUAAGUGGGCGUAGUGUAGGUGGGCGUAGUGUAGGUGGGCGUAGUGUAGGUGGGCGUAGUGUAGGUGGGCGUAGUGUAAGUGGGCGUAGUGUAAGUGGGCGUAGUAUAAGUGGGCGUAGUGUAAGUGGGCGUAGUAUAAGUGGGCGUAGUGUAGGUGGGCGUAGUAUAAGUGGGCGUAGUGUAAGUGGGCGUAGUGUAAGUGGGCGUAGUGUAAGUGGGCGUAGUGUAAGUGGGCGUAGUGUAUUUAGGUGUAGUAUAAGUGGGCGUAGUAUAAGUGGGCGUAGUAUAAGUGGGCGUAGUGUAGGUGGGCGUAGUAUAAGUGGGCGUAGUGUAAGUGGGCGUAGUAUAUUUGGGCGUAGUGUAAUUAGGCGUAGUGUAAGUAGUAUAAGUGGGCGUAGUAUAAGUGGGCGUAGUGUAGGUGGGCGUAGUGUAGGUGGGCGUAGUGUAAGUGGGCGUAGUGUAUUUAGGUGUAGUAUAAGUGGGCGUAGUGUAUGUGGGCGUAGUAUAAGUGGGCGUAGUGUAGGUGGGCGUAGUAUAUUUAGGCGUAGUGUAAGUGGGCGUAGUGUAGGUGGGCGUAGUAUAUUUAGGCGUAGUAUAAGUGGGCGUAGUAUAAGUGGGCGUAGUGUAGGUGGGCGUAGUGUAGGUGGGCGUAGUAUAUUUAGGCGUAGUAUAAGUGGGCGUAGUGUAGGUGGGCGUAGUGUAGGUGGGCGUAGUGUAGGUGGGCGUAGUGUAGGUGGGCGUAGUGUAAGUGGGCGUAGUGUAUUUAGGUGUAGUGUAGGUGGGCGUAGUAUAAGUGGGCGUAGUGUAAGUGGGCGUAGUGUAUUUAGGCGUAGUGUAAGUGGGCGUAGUGGGCGUAGUAUAAGUGGGCGUAGUGUAAGUGGGCGUAGUGUAAGUGGGCGUAGUGUAUUUAGGUGUAGUAUAAGUGGGCGUAGUGUAAGUGGGCGUAGUGUAAGUGGGCGUAGUGUAUUUAGGCGUAGUGUAAGUGGGCGUAGUAUAUUUAGGUGUAGUAUAAGUGGGCGUAGUAGUGGGCGUAGUAUAUUUAGGUGUAGUAUAAGUGGGCGUAGUGUAAGUGGGCGUAGUGUAGGUGGGCGUAGUAUAGGUGGGCGUAGUAUAUUUGGGCGUAGUGUAGGUGGGCGUAGUAUAAGUGGUAUAAGUGGGCGUAGUGUAAGUGGGCGUAGUGUAAGUGGGCGUAGUGUAAGUGGGCGUAGUGUAUUUAGGUGUAGUAUAAGUGGGCGUAGUAUAAGUGGGCGUAGUGUAAGUGGGCGUAGUAUAUUUAGGCGUAGUGUAAGUGGGCGUAGUGUAAGUGGGCGUAGUGUAGGUGGGCGUAGUAUAAGUGGGCGUAGUGUAGGUGGGCGUAGUGUAGGUGGGCGUAGUAUAAGUGGGCGUAGUGUAUUUAGGUGUAGUAUAAGUGGGCGUAGUGUAGGUGGGCGUAGUGUAUUUAGGCGUAGUGUAAGUGGGCGUAGUGUAGGUGGGCGUAGUAUAAGUGGGCGUAGUGUAAGUGGGCGUAGUGUAAGUGGGCGUAGUGUAAGUGGGCGUAGUGUAAGUGGGCGUAGUAUAAGUGGGCGUAGUAUAAGUGGGCGUAGUAUAAGUGGGCGUAGUAUAUUUAGGCGUAGUGUAAGUGGGCGUAGUGUAUUUAGGUGUAGUAUAAGUGGGCGUAGUGUAGGUGGGCGUAGUGUAAGUGGGCGUAGUGUAAGUGGGCGUAGUGUAUUUAGGUGUAGUAUAAGUGGGCGUAGUGUAAGUGGGCGUAGUGUAGGUAGGCGUAGUAUAUUUAGGUGUAGUGUAAGUGGGCGUAGUGUAGGUAGGCGUAGUAUAUUUAGGUGUAGUGUAAGUGGGCGUAGUGUAGGUGGGCGUAGUGUAGGUGGGCGUAGUGUAUUUAGGUGUAGUGUAGGUGGGCGUAGUAUAAGUGGGCGUAGUGUAGGUGGGCGUAGUAUAAGUGGGCGUAGUAUAAGUGGGCGUAGUGUAGGUGGGCGUAGUGUAGGUGGGCGUAGUAUAAGUGGGCGUAGUGUAUUUAGGUGUAGUAUAAGUGGGCGUAGUAUAAGUGGGCGUAGUGUAGGUGGGCGUAGUAUAUUUAGGCGUAGUGUAAGUGGGCGUAGUGUAGGUAGGCGUAGUAUAUUUAGGUGUAGUAUAAGUGGGCGUAGUGUAGGUGGGCGUAGAGUAGGUGGGCGUAGUAUAAGUGGGCGUAGUGUAUUUAGGUGUAGUAUAAGUGGGCGUAGUAUAGGUGGGCGUAGUAUAGGUGGGCGUAGUGUAUUUAGGUGUAGUAUAAGUGGGAGUAGUGUAGGUGGGAGUAAUGUAGGUGGGAGUAAUGUAGGUGGGAGUAAUGUAGGUGGGCGUAGUGUAGGUGGGCGUAGUAUAGGUGGGCGUAGUAUAGGUGGGCGUAGUAUAGGUGGGCGUAGUGUAGGUGGGCGUAGUAUAUUUAGGUGUAGUAUAAGUGGGCGUAGUAUAAGUGGGCGUAGUGUAGGUAGGUGUAGUGUAAGUGGGCGUAGUAUAGGUGGGCGUAGUAUAGGUGGGCGUAGUAUAGGUGGGCGUAGUAUAGGUGGGCGUAGUAUAGGUGGGCGUAGUAUAGGUGGGCGUAGUAUAGGUAGGUGUAGUGUAAGUGGGUGUAGUGUAAGUGGGUGUAGUAUAAGUGGGCGUAGUGUAGGUGGGCGUAGUAUAUUUAGGCGUAGUAUAGGUGGGCGUAGUAUAGGUGGGCGUAGUAUAGGUGGGCGUAGUGUAGGUAGGUGUAGUGUAAGUGGGCGUAGUAUAAGUGGGCGUAGUAUAAGUGGGCGUAGUAUAAGUGGGCGUAGUAUAAGUGGGCGUAGUAUAAGUGGGCGUAGUAUAAGUGGGCGUAGUGUAUUUAGGUGUAGUAUUAGUGGGCGUAGUAUAAGUGGGCGUAGUAUAAGUGGGCGAAGUAUAAGUGGGCGAAGUAUAAGUGGGCGAAGUAUAAGUGGGCGAAGUAUAAGUGGGCGAAGUAUAAGUGGGCGAAGUAUAAGUGGGCGAAGUAUAAGUGGGCGAAGUAUAAGUGGGCGAAGUAUAAGUGGGCGAAGUAUAAGUGGGCGAAGUAUAAGUGGGCGAAGUAUAAGUGGGCGAAGUAUAAGUGGGCCUCGUAACCUCAGUAUGGAGGUGUGUGGCACGUGCGGUUGUCAAGUUAUAGACACUAUGGCUGGUAUUGGUGGGUGUAGGGGAGGAGAGCUUAGUAACGCGCGGGGUGUAGGUGGCGGUGUCACAGGGUGUGAAGGUACAGAUGGAGCCGCCACGGACACACUCACACCAGUUACACUUGUCUACCAUCCACAUGGACCCGUCCGUGCACGAGUCCACCCCAACCUCCGAGUCCAGAGUGAUAACAGUGUGAGGAUUGUCCCUGAAGGUGGUGCGGGAGAGGCAGGACGCGUGCCCAUUACACUGAUCAAAGUCACUAAAGACCCCAACUUCAGGCGUGUAGGUCAGGUCACUCUGGGCUACAGAGUAGUUGCAGACGCCGUGCCAGUCGAAGCGGUGUCCGUCGAAGGUCUUUAUAUGGGGAUCAUUGUAAAUGUAGCAAUUCCUACCUGCAAUAAAAUUUCCAUGAAUAUACAUGUGUUACAUCCACCUCCGACAGCUACUCCACGCUUCAUCCACCCACGACGUGGCGCCGUCAGGAUGAAGGCGCUUCUGAUGCUGGUGAUGACGGCUGCAGCGUUUGCAGUCUCUCUAGAAGAUGAAACGGAGUGUUCUGGAGAUCCCGACACCACCCGCUGGAGGAUUGAAUGCAACUGGUGCCGAUGUAUUAAUGGGAAAGGAAGCUGCACUCGUAAGGGAUGCCCACAAGUUAUUAUGGAUCGUUUGGUCAAUACCAGUGAAUGUGAAGGAUCGCCAACUUGGACCAAAGGUUGCAACACUUGCUCUUGUGUUAAUGGCCGGGCACAGUGCACAACUAAAGAAUGUGGCCAGAGCCCUUCUGUAGCCACUAGAUCUGGUCGUCAACGGGUAAAUGCAGAGAAGAGUGUACCUAAUGGAAGCCUUCCUGACGAUGCUAUGUGCACACCCGACUCUAGGUGGAAGGACGAGUGCAACUGGUGUUUUUGUGGGGAAACAGGCAUUGCAGGAUGCACACUAAUGGGAUGUCCUGACAAUUAUGAGCACCCACCUGGGGAGCCUAUGUGUGUUGACGGCUCUAGAUGGAAAAUGGACAACUGUAACUGGUGCACCUGCAUUAAUGGCUCGGCUGCUUGCACCGACAAAUUGUGCAAGAAGAGUGUACCUAAUGGAAGCCUUCCUGACGAUGCUAUGUGCACACCCGACUCUAGGUGGAAGGACGAGUGCAACUGGUGUUUUUGUGGGGAAACAGGCAUUGCAGGAUGCACACUAAUGGGAUGUCCUGACAAUUAUGAGCACCCACCUGGGGAGCCUGUGUGUGUUGACGGCUCUAGAUGGAAAAUGGACAACUGUAACUGGUGCACCUGCAUUAAUGGCUCGGCUGCUUGCACCGACAAAUUGUGCAUUGAGCGUAUUCCUGGUAGAAGCCUUCCUGAUGAUGCCCAGUGUGUGCCAGGAUCUCGCUGGAAGGACAAGUGCAACUGGUGUAACUGUGGGGAAAAUGGCAAUGCAGGAUGCACAGAAAAGGGUUGUCCUGACAAUUAUGAGCACCCACCUGGGGAGCCUGUGUGUGUUGACGGCUCUAGAUGGAAAAUGGACAACUGUAACUGGUGCACCUGUAGAAAUGGCUCGGCUGCUUGCACCGAAAAAUUGUGCAUUGAGCGUAUUCCUGGUAGAAGCCUUCCUGAUGAUGCCCAGUGUGUGCCAGGAUCUCGCUGGAAGGACAAGUGCAACUGGUGCAGCUGUGGGGAAAAUGGCGAUGCAGGAUGCACAAAAAAGGGUUGUCCUGACAAUUAUGAGCACCCACCUGGGGUGCCUGUGUGUGUUGACGGCUCUAGAUGGAAAAUGGACAACUGUAACUGGUGCACCUGUAGAAAUGGCUCGGCUGCUUGCACCGAAAAAUUGUGCAUUAAGCCUGAAGAACAAUGUACUGAAGGAGAAUCUUGGAGAGACGACUGCAAUGUAUGCCACUGCUCGAAUGGACGUGCCAUUUGUACCAAAAAGGCUUGUGUAACACCAGUUAAACGCAGCCAGCCAUGUCUAGGAGAAACGAAAAAUGGCUGCAGCAUUCAGAAAUUGCCCCCUCAUUGCAAACUGCCACCUUUUAUAAGUGAUGGAGCAUUGUGUUUGGCCUAUAUUAAUAAGUGGACCUAUGAUUUUGAAUCUAGAAAAUGUCAAGCCAUAAUUUAUGGAGGGUGUGGAGGAACAAGGAACCUGUAUAACACAGAGGAAGAGUGUAAGGCAUCGUGCUCUCUCCCUCCCACUAACCUACCACAUCGCACGGGAAGAAAUGCAAGUACAAGACCAGAACGGUGUUUAAAGAAACAAGAUUCUGGACCAUGUUUUGCAUUUUUUGUUCGCUAUUUCUACAAUGAAGAGACCAAGAAGUGUGAGGAGUUCAUAUAUGGGGGCUGCGCGGGCAAUGACAACAGGUUCACAACACUUGAAGAAUGCCUGGAAACGUGUGAAAAUGUAACACUAGAGUCUUCAUGUGAUAGAUCCAGGUGCCCAUGGACGAGGUGGGCUCAUUAUUUUGCCAAGAACUGCCUGCCUCGGUACGAGAGAGGGUCCUGCUGCCCUACCAGCUUCUCUUGCCCAAGUGCAGAUGCAGCUGACCCUGAGAAGUGUUCCUACAGAGGGCAAGUGUAUCCUAAAGGCAGUAAUGUGCCAGUAGAAGACGCUUGCACUGCUGAUUGUAUCUGCACAGAUUCAUAUGUUCCAGGAUUUCCUUGACCCUGACACUCCCCAUCUCCUGGAGUCUCGUUCAGCCACCUGUGUCUGGAAUAACAGAACUUAUCUAGAGGGUGACAGGAUGUACUUUGAAGACUAUCCAUGCCAUCAGUGCAUCUGUAGCCCAGCCUUCACAG